AAAAAAAAAAGAGCAGGAGGGGGCAGCAUUCUGAAAUGCCGACUUGCGGGCGUGUGUGACAUUUUGAUGUUGAGUUGUCUUUGAUGAUUUUCGUCAUGUAUCGAUUUAAUACAUAGAUAUUUCCGAUAAAUGGAGUUGACCAAAAAUAUUUCUACAAUCCUCAUAUAAGAUAAGUAAUAGAUGUGUACGAUUGAUAUUCUCUUGUUAGGUUAGGGACUGCUCACCCGAAAUAAAGGAAAUUAUCACUUCUUUUGCGAAAAUAAUAUAACAACAGAAGGAAGAUAUGGAUGCUGCAAUGGUAGAAGUCCUUCAACAAGCGACUAGCCAAGAUCCUAUUUUAAAACCAGCUGAACAGACUUUAAAACAAUGGGAAACUGAAAGGCGAUUCUAUACUGCAUUAUAUAAUGUAUUUUCUAAUCAUUCCUUGAGUAUCAAUGUUGGAUGGCUAUUGUGUGUUUUGAAAAUGGUGUUGAUAAAUAUUGGAGAAAAAAUGCCCCGAAGCAGUGCUCUAUCGGAGAACUAAAAAAUAUUAGGCGAUUGUCACGUGACAGAUUACAGAUAAGAUAAUAUUAUCGACAAGAAACAGUGAUCGUUAGUUGCGUAUAGAAUUAGCAAGGUAACGUCA